UUCUCUUCCGUCUCGUCUACUAAUUUCAGUCGGUCAUCAAAACCAUUUCUUCCUCCCCCAACUUUGUUUUUUGUUUUCUUGAUUACCCAGAAACCAAAAAAACUCAAAACUUUAAAAAUUCUUGAACUUUAUAUCUUUAAAGACUCAAACUUUAAAGAUUCAGAAUAAUAGUACUUAACACCACUACUCAUGGUGUGUUGUUGCCUGACAAAGUCUUGAACUUUCAUUAGGAAAUCUUGAUUUUGGGGUUUAUAUAAUUUCUUGGUUUACUUCGUUUUUGUAUUGAUGAGAUUUGUUAUAGCUCAUUAGUAGUAAUUUCGAAACGAUGGAUCAUAUCAUCGGUGGAAAGUUCAAGUUAGGUAGGAAGAUUGGUAGUGGAUCGUUUGGUGAACUUUAUAUAGGGAUUAAUGUUCAAACUGGAGAAGAAGUUGCUCUUAAGCUGGAACCUGUGAAGACGAAGCAUCCUCAACUCCACUAUGAAUCAAAAGUAUACAUGCUUCUUCAAGGAGGGACGGGUGUUCCGCAUAUCAAAUGGUAUGGCGUUGAGGGUAAUUACAAUUGUAUGGCUAUUGACCUUCUUGGUCCUAGCUUGGAGGACUUGUUCAAUUAUUGCAGUCGGAAUUUUUCUUUGAAAACUGUUCUAAUGCUUGCUGAUCAGUUAAUAAACAGAGUUGAGUAUAUGCACUCGCGAGGAUUUCUUCACCGUGAUAUUAAACCGGACAACUUUCUGAUGGGUCUUGGUCGCAAAGCAAACCAGGUGUACAUUAUUGAUUAUGGGCUUGCUAAAAAGUAUAGAGAUCUUCAGACACAUAAGCAUAUACCGUACAGGGAAAAUAAGAAUCUAACAGGUACUGCUCGGUAUGCAAGUGUCAACACACACCUUGGGAUUGAGCAAAGUAGACGAGAUGAUCUAGAGUCACUUGGUUAUGUGCUGAUGUAUUUUCUACGAGGAAGUCUACCAUGGCAAGGUCUAAAAGCAGGUACCAAGAAACAGAAAUAUGAGAAGAUUAGUGAAAAGAAGAUGCUUACUCCCGUAGAGGUUCUUUGCAAGUCAUUUCCAUCUGAGUUCACAUCAUAUUUCCACUACUGCCGAUCAUUGAGGUUUGAAGAUAAACCAGAUUAUUCGUAUCUGAAAAGACUAUUCAGAGACCUAUUUAUUCGAGAAGGUUAUCAGUUCGACUAUGUGUUUGAUUGGACAAUCUUGAAAUAUCCUCAGAGUGGCUCUAUUUCAAAACCAAGGCCAAACCCAAACCCAGCUCUAGACCCUCCAGGACCAUCUGCAGAACGAAAUGAAAAGCCUACAGGAGGGCAGGAUCUGCGUGACAGAUUCUCAGGUGCAGUUGAAGCAUUCGCCAGACGAAACAUAUCGAGUCAUGGCAUUCGCCCUAAACACAUUUUUUCUGAUGAUGCUUCCAAAGAAGUGGAAGUUUCUGAAAAAACCCGAAAUGAGAUUGCCACAAAGAUGGCAGUGAUGUCGAGCAGCCAACCUGGUUCAUCAGGUGAGCUGAGUGAGAACCGCUCAAAUAAACUAUUUUCAAGCAGUGCCCAAAAGAUUCAACCGGGCCAAGAAUUGAAGUCAUCAGCUAGGCUUGGGCGUGAUGAUGGCUUGAUGAGAAGCUUCGAUAUGCUUACCAUUGGUUCGGGAAAGCGGAAAUGACCGGAAAAAGAUUGUGGAGAUUGGAAAAAUCUGAAAGUGUGAAAGCAAUGGAAAACUCUACAGUCCAUUUUCUCUGUCUACCUUUGGGAAGAAGAUGAGAGAAAGUAAGCUGUCUCCCACUUUAUGUGUUUAUAGUUUGUUCAUAGAACUUUGUAAAGUGGUAUAUGUAACUUGUAACACAAGUACUUUGUUUAAUAUCAAUUAAAUUUGGUCAAA